GAGGGGGGAGUGUCGGCUGUCACCGUUCUCUCGGUGCACGCGCACUGUGUCCGACUCUCGCUGGAAGUUUGAGCGUCUCGAGCGCUCCUCCACGGUAUUAACGGCAGCAGCACGAGCGCGUUAAGCUGCGCGGGGCCGCGAGCGGAUUGUCCACCAUCUCACCGGGAACAUGAACAUGGCACUGAACAGAUCGCCCUCUGCCUCGGAAAAUUGGAACGGGGCUCCCGAGCGCAUGCGUGUUUCUGCCAUGAGAAGUGAGCCCUCUUCAAUGCAGAGCGAGAAACUCCGCUGUCUUGCCCGAGAUAUCUCUGAACUGGGCCAGCAGGGCAUGGCAAGCAGCGGGCAUGAUGCCAAUGACAUUGCUGAGGACACGGUGGAGCCAGGCCCUGGUCCAGGUGGAGGGCUGAGUUUUGCAGAUGGUCACAGGAGAGUGGACUACGUUCUUGUAUAUCACCGCAAGAGACGUCAGCUCCAACACCGCCUCUCUGUUGUUUCUAACGGUAACGUGCCGUCUCAAAGCCCCACCCCUUCGCGCAGGAGUACGAAGGGCGAUAUUUCGGAGGUGGUGCUGGAGGAGGGGCUUGGGACGGAACCCGCCGAUGGACUAAAAGAUAAAAUCAGGGAGGAAUUUGAAAGAGGACUUCAGGAGGAAGGCUUGGAGAUUGAACAUGACAAAGAGAUGAGGACAGUCCGGUUUACUCGUCUUCAUGUUCCCUGGUCUGUUCUUAGUCGUGAGGCAGAACUUCUUAAGAUCAGAGUGCCCACUAAAAAGACGUAUCGGCUGAAAGAGAAGACGGGGCUCAUGGGCGUAAUAAGCUCGGUUUGGGCGAAGAUCAAUCAGCCGUUCCAGCCGGGCGUACCAGAGCCCCAGAACCCACGCACACGUGUCCUAUCCCAGCCGUUCAGCAGAGACAAGCUACACCUAUUUGAAAUAAAGUCAAAAAACAGCUUGUUCAGCAAUGCAGUCCGAGGUCGAAUUGUUUAUGAAAUUCUGAGACGCACAGCCUGCUCACAGACCUGUCAAACAAUGGGCAUUACGUCUUUGCUAGCCAAAGGGGUUUAUGAUUCUGCCUUCCCUCUACAUGAUGGAGACUUUGACAGCUCAGAAGAUAGAGAGCAUCGCAACGACAGACAGAUGUUGCAUGAGGAAUGGGCCAAUUAUGGAGCUUUCUACAAAUAUCAGCCAAUGGACCUUAUCAGGAAGUACUUUGGAGAGAAGAUUGGCCUGUAUUUUGCCUGGUUAGGAGUGUACACACAGCUGCUGAUUCCUGCAUCAGCUUUAGGAGUCGCAGUAUUCCUGUACGGAUGCCUCACCGUAGACACCAAUGUGCCCAGUCAAGAGAUGUGUGAUGAGCAUCUUAAUUUUACCAUGUGUCCUCUAUGUGAUCGUGUGUGUGAUUACUGGCAGCUGAGCAGUAUCUGCAGUACUGCACGUGCCAGCUAUCUGUUUGAUAACCACGCCACCAUGGGCUUUGCCAUCUUCAUGUCACUCUGGGCGGCAGUGUUUCUAGAACACUGGAAGAGGAGGCAGCGAUGUCUACAGCACAGCUGGGAUCUCACCGGCAUGGAAGAUGAUGAGAAUGAGCUACGACCAGCAUAUGAGGACUUUCUUCUCAAGAAACAAGAGAAAGCAGCAAAGAAGAAGAAGAAGGAAGAGCCGGACGCAGGAACAGAUGACAAAGGAAGAGAGAAGCUACUGUAUGCUAAAGGAGGGCAGUCACCGCUUGCCUCAGAGUCUUUGUCAUGGACUGACCGGCUGCCAGGAUAUUGCAUCAACAUAUCCUCUAUCCUCCUUAUGGUUGGGGUCACGUUCUCUGCCGUGUCCGGAGUGAUUCUCUACCGCAUCAUUGUGUUUGCUGUUAUGUCAAUGAACCCUGAUCACGAGGCCAAGGCUAAUGUGCGUGUUACCGUGACAACCACUGCUGUCAUCAUCAACUUGCUGGUGGUUCUGGUGCUGGAUGAGAUCUACGGCGCUAUAGCGGCCUGGAUUACAGAGCUUGAGAUUCCAAAGACUGAAUCGACAUUUGAGGAACAUGUGAUCUUGAAAGCUUUUUUGCUGAAGAGCAUGAAUGCAUUUGCACCUGUCUUCUAUGUGGCCUUCUUUAAGGGCAGGUUUGCCGGUCGUCCUGGUGACUAUGUUUAUGUCUUUAAGGAUUUCCGCAUGGAAGAGUGUUCUCCAGGUGGCUGUCUUAUUGAAGUGUGUAUUCAGCUGGGAAUCAUUAUGCUGGGGAAGCAGCUUAUUCAGAAUAAUGUGUUUGAAAUUGCCAUUCCGAAGCUGAAGAAGAUGUAUCGCACAUAUAAGGAGGAGAAAGAUGGAUCGGCAGAUGAGGAGGACAAAGACUCCAAACGAGAACCGCAGCGCUGGGAUUUGGACUAUGAUCUGGAGCCAUAUGAGGGUUUAAGCCCAGAGUACAUGGAGAUGGUUAUUCAGUAUGGAUUUGUCACACUCUUUGUGGCCUCCUUCCCGCUGGCACCAGUCUUCGCUCUGCUUAAUAACGUCAUUGAAAUCCGACUAGAUGCGGCAAAAUUCGUGACUGAAAUACGCCGACCGGAUGCAGUCAGUGCUAAAGAGAUUGGCAUAUGGUACAACAUCUUGAGUGGAAUCAGCAAGUUUGCUGUCAUUACUAAUGCAUUUGUGAUCUCCUUUACAUCGGAGUUCAUUCCUCGGAUGGUGUAUCAGUAUUUGUACAGUGAGACAGGCACCAUGCAUGGCUUUACCAACCACACACUGGCUUAUUUCAACACAAGCAACUUUAAACCUGGUACUGCCCCACAUGACACUGAUUUUGACAGACAACUCCGUAUUUGCAGGUACAAAGACUAUCGAGAUCCACCCUGGUCUCCCGAAUCUUACCAGCUUUCUAAGCAGUACUGGUCUGUGCUUGCUGCACGCCUGGCUUUUGUUAUUUUUUUCCAGAACUUGGCCAUGUUCCUCAGUAUGCUGGUGGCAUGGUUGGUCCCAGAUGUGCCUCGUUCUCUGAAGGAGCAGCUGAAGAGAGAGAAAACACUCCUGUUGGAUAUUAUGCUCUCCGAGGAGACAGACAAGCAAUGCACUCAGUCACACCCACUGACGACUACCAACAUUGAUGUAGUCAUUAAGGGUUUAGAGGAAGGAUCACAGGAGGAGCUGCCUGUCUGCAGUGGGGUAAUGCUAAGCCAGUCAGAUGAAGAGCUGAAAGAAUUUCGGGUGACCAACGAAGAGGAGAAAGAGCUUGAGGAAAAAUCAGAUGAUGAACCCAUAGCAUCCACCAGUGAUCUACCUGAUGAUAAACUUCAACAUUCAACCUGUGAAAGUCUCAAUUCAACUUCAGAGUCCCUGUCUAAGAUAGCCUGUCAUGAUGAAUCGGCCACCACACCAUCAGCAUGUUCAAACCAGUCCGUUCAAUCAAUCAAAACCAGCUCACUAUCACGGUACUGGGAGUUUGACUCGAAUGGACCUCCACCUCGAGACCCAAGUUGCAAGGCUAAGUAUCGUUGCCGAACACUUCCACCAAGGCCUGGAGGUCCUGAAGCUGAAGAGCGUGCAACCAGACCCAGCCACUCCUCCACAUUCACACACCUCGACCAGAAAGUUCCUGCAUCUCCUAAAGAACUCUCCUGGAACGUCCCUAGAGCACUGUCUACAACCAAGCCCUCUGGAAGCCAAACAUCUGUCUCUGAUUCACUGGAUUUAGAGCUCACGUCCAGUCCAUCGAUAGCACUUCCUCGCCCACCAUCCAGACCAGAGCUUUCUAGCGGCCUUUCAACACUCUUACCACGUCCUCCUUCGAAACCAGAGCUCGUGUGCAGCCAGUCAACAGGACUACCACGGCCUCCCUCCAAACCCGAGCUAACUGGAAGCUCAAUGAAAGGGAUUCCCCCUCAUGAUCCAGGCUCGAAAGUUAAGGGCCGAUGCCAGACUCUUCCUCUGAAGUAUAGAGGGUCAGAGACUCCAGGGGAGACGUCAACCAGACCUAGCCAUUCCACCACUUUCACAAACCUCAGUCAACAGAUCCCUCCUUCAGCCAGUGAUCUCAAACGUAACACUCCCGUAUGAGUGUGACAAGCCGAAGUGGAGAAACACUCCACCUCUUUAGCACCUUGCAUCCAAUCACUUUCAGUGCCAGGCAGCCCAUGCCAUCAACAACUCAUCUUUGACUCUCAUUGAUGACUGAACGAGCAUCUUCGGUAGCUCUGGAUGUAGAUCAAUUGUUGAUGGCUUGGCGGAGGUUCACUUGGUUGCUAACAAGAUGUACUACUCCGGUUUAUUGACAAAUGGAACUCCUUUUGCACAGAAUCAUCAACUCAUUAUUGGUGGACCUAGUGUAGCCAAUCCGGCUUGUGCAGUCUGGAUAUUCUGCUAUUCUUCUAGAGCCAUUUGACAUGGCUUGAUGACUCUUAAACAUUGUCUUAUACUGUGACUUGCCAUUCUCUCUUUCACAUAUACACACUUGUACAGACACACACACACACACACACACACAC